CGGGCUACUAUUGGUCUGGGUGGGGAUUAUUUAUUCACCGAAGCUGUCGAGUUUGUUGUAAUUUAUGUCUGCUCCGCACUUAAGCAAUGCGGAGACGGUGUGGUGGGUAUAGACAAUUUCAAGGAGUUCUAUGACCCAACAUUGAAGCGAGCAAGGCAAGUGCUUUUGGAGUAUUCGGGAGUUUUAAUUGUAGAAGGAGAUAUCAAUGACAUGACGCUUUUGAAGAAGCUUUUUGAGCUUGUGACUUUUACCCAUGUAUUGCAUUUGGCAGCUCAAGCUAGAGUGAGGUAUGCUAUGGAAAAUCCUCUAUCUUAUGUGCAUAGCAAUCUUGCUGGUUUUGUUAACUUGUUAGAAGUUUGUAAAUCUGUGAAUCCACAACCUGCAAUUUUGUGGGAUUCUACUUGUUCGGUUUAUGGACUUAAUACUAGGGUACCAUUUUCAGGAAAAGAUCAAACAGACUAG